UGAACCGUCCCUUGUUUGUAUGUAUGGCAGGGUGCAUUUGACGUUGUCAGUCAUCUAAUCAUUUUUAAUUUAAUUAUUAUUUAUAAUUUAUACUUUAUUUAGUGAUAAUUUUUUUGUAAUCAUCCGUGAUGUCCUCAGCUGUAUCAUUCGAGUAUCAAAUUCACAAGGAGUCCAAUGUAGAGUUAAAUCUGUCAGAUAAUAAUGAGUAUGCCAAUUAUGGAGGCGGUGGAAAUGACUAUUCAAGUUAUGGUAACUCCAAUAUUAAUUAUACAAGCAACUUUACUCAGAUGGACAGUGCUUCAAUCAUUCCUGCUUUCCCGUCUAGAAAUGAAGACCUAAAGUCAAUGCUAGAGAGCAAUAAAGAUGGGCCCAAAGUGGAGGCGAUGAAACGCCUGAUUGCUAUGAUUGCCAAAGGACGAGCUUCAUCUGACACUGCUGCUCGUGAACUAUUUCCUCAUGUUGUAAAAAAUGUUGUCACAAAAAAUGCUGAGCUCAAAAAGCUGGUCUAUCUUUACCUAACUCGAUAUGCUGAGCAGGAACAGGAUUUGGCGCUUCUGUCCAUAUCAAGCUUCCAAAGAUCUCUUAAAGAUCCUAAUCCCCUGAUACGGGCUUCAGCUCUUCGUGUUCUCUCAUCUAUUCGAGUUCCUAUGAUUUCUCCCAUCAUGUUAAUCGCAAUCAAAGAUUGUUCAAAUGAUAUGUCUGCCUACGUUAGGAAAACAGCAGCCCAUGCCAUCUCCAAAUUAUUUCAUCUAGAUCCCGAUUUGAAAGAUGAAAUUAUUUCCGUUAUUGCCCGCUUACUCCAAGAUAAAACUUCUUUGGUUCUUGGCUCAGCUGUUGCCGCUUUUGAGGAUAUUUGUCCUGAUCGUUUUGACUUGAUACACUCCAAUUAUCGUAAAUUUGUUUCUCUUAUGCCUGACUUUGAUGAAUGGGGCCAAGUUAUUCUGAUAAAUAUGUUAAUCCGUUACGGAAGAACUCAAUUUUUAAACCCUAAUCGUGAAGAAGCAGAGGAAGUUAAAGAUUCUGAUGAUAUUUCAGGACUUAUUUCUCUUGACCCAGAUCAUCGACUGUUAUUGAGAAAUGCAAAACCUUUGCUCCAAUCACGGAACUCAGCAGUAGUUAUGGCCGUUGUGCAAUUAUAUUUAGCAUUGGCGCCUGAUUCAGAAGUGAACACUUUAAUUGUUAAACCCUUAAUUCGUUUACUCCAUUCUCACCCGGAAAUCCAGAUUAUAGUCUUGUCAAACAUUGUCACUCUCACCGGACCUUGUAAACCAGAAAAUGGUACAUCUAGAUCCAUGAAGCCUCUCUUCGAACCAUAUUUAAAAUCAUUUUUCAUAAAAUCUCGUGACUCAACGCAAAUUAAAAUACUUAAACUUUCCAUCUUAACUAAUCUAUCAAGCUCAAGUAACAUACCUUUGAUUUUGAGAGAAUUUCAAGCUUAUAUUCACAAUUAUCAAGCAGAUAUGGAAUUUGUUUCUGCAACAAUUCAAGCAAUUGGACGAUGUGCCUCAAGGAUAAAAGAAGUAGCACCAGUUUGUUUAAAUGGAUUGAUUUCUCUUCUUUCAAAUCGAAAUGAGGCCAUAGUUGCUCAAAGUAUUAUUGUCAUUCGUACUCAAAUCAUACGAAAGGAAAAGGAGAAAGAGAAAGAGAAAGAGGUGGGCAAAGAGUCAACAGAAGAAGUCAAAGAAGAGGAUGACGAUGAAGAUGAAUUGGAGAACUCAAUUGACUCUAUUACUAAAGCUGAUUCAAUUGUGACUAUGAUAAUCAAACAAGUGAUUCGUUUGAUUGACAAAAUAGAAACUCCUCAUGCACGAGCCACCAUUUUAUGGAUAUUAGCCGAAUUUUGUGAUAAAAAUGACAAAUCAUUAGAAGUUUCGCCGGAUGUUAUGAGAAUAAUUGCAAAGACUUUUUGUAAUGAAUCAAACCUAGUGAAAUUACAGGCAAUGAACUUAGCAUCUAAGUUAUACCUCAUGGUGAUUGCCAGUGAUUGUGAAGUUUUCAACGAAAAAGAAAAGACUCGAAUCAAAGCAUUGGUUAAUUAUGUUUUCAACUUGGCUAAAUAUGAUGUUAAUUAUGACGUUAGAGAUAAAGGACGCUUUUUAAAGGGUUUAAUCAAUGCGUGUGAAACAGAAGAAGGAAAAAAGUUAACAAAAAGGAUACUCAUGUCACCAAAAGUGUCACUUCAAUCAGACCAAACUGAAUCAUUUGUUGAAUAUUCUUCUAAAUUUAGAAUCGGAACACUUUCACAUUUUCUCGAUAAAAAAGUGAGUGGUUACGAAGAAUUACCAGAUUUUCCAACUGAACAACCAGAUACCAGUGUGAGACAUAAACCAGUAUCUGAAGAACCUCCUCCACCAGUGCUGUUGAAAAAUGAAAAUAACUUCUUCACAGAUAGCAGCUAUUCUGACGAGGACGAUGAAGAAGAUGAUGAUGAUGACGAUGACGAAGAUGAUGAUGAUGAUGAUGAUGAAGAAGAAGAUGACGAUGAUGACGACGAGGAUGAUGAUGAUGAUGAUGAUGAAGAGGAAGAGGAAAGUGAUGACGGAGAGGAGGAGGAAGAAGAAGAAGAAGAUGAAGGUGACGACGAUGAUGAUGAUGAUGAAUAUAAUGAGGCCGAUGAUGGAGAUAAAGCAGGAGUUGAAGAUGGUGAUAAAGACGCUAUUAAAGGCGCUGAUAAAGGCAGUGUUAAAGAAAGCGACAAUGUUGGUGAAAAUAUUGGCAACAAACUUGAUAAGGAUAUUUGAUUGAUCACCAAAGUUUAACAAAUUUAUAGACCAUAUUAAAGUCAACUUGCAUACAAUGUGAUGUGGCUAGAACACUCAAUAUCUUGACUUUGGGUUGAGUGUAAAUAAAUAUUGAUAAUUAAAAUUAAUAUUGAAACUUUCUAUUGAAA